CAUCCUUUAAUUUGAGCCGAGCCGCCGUGGGGUCCGCACGUUCACUAAGGAUCUGCCUCAUUCUCCACACUAAACCGGGAGCCGCUGGGAUUUUUUCACCUCCUGGCGUCUGCACCCAUCCCAGAACUGGAUUUUUAAAACUUGAAACUCUUUGAGGGGUUUUUGUUUUUAGAUUUUGUUUUUAGUUGAGCACAUCUAAAGGAAAAAUGGGAGCCAGUAUGUCCAGGGGUGAUGUAGCUGUCGAGGGGAAAGCUGCGGCUGACCCAGCUGCUGCCAAAGCCAAUGGCCAGGAAAAUGGUCAUGUGAAGACUAAUGGAGACGUCUCUGCCAAACCAGACGGGGAUGCUGCUGCUGCAGAUGGUAACGGCAGUGCAGAGCCAGCCAAAGAGGGAGAGGCCGGCACCGGGGAUGCCAUCGAGCCUGCUCCAGCUGCCGAGGGCGAACCUGCCAAGGCUGAGGGUGAGCCUGUGAAGGAGAAGAAGAAGAAAAAGUUCUCCCUGAAGAACUCCUUCAAGUUCAAGGGCAUCUCCCUGAAGAAAAGCAAGAAGGGCAGUGAGGAGGGCAAAGAGGAGGCCACCUCGCCCACAACUGAGGACAAGCCCGAGGAGAACGGCCAUGCGGCCAAGGAAACCAAAGAGGAGACGCCAGCUGCAGCUGAGGCCAAGGAAGGAGAGGGAGCAGCAGCAGCAGCUGCUGAAGCUGCUCCAGAGGCUGAGGCCCAGCCUGCAGAGGAGGCCCCUCCCACAGAAGCAGCCCCUGCUCCCGAGGCCCCCGCUGAGGACACGACACCUGCAGCCUCUGAGCCCGAGGCCAAGGCAGAGUGACUGCACACUGCCAGCACCUGAACUCAUUUUCCAAGAUUAAAGUAUAUAAAUAUAUAUAUGAGAGACUCGUGCCACGUCCUUAAAGUUCUAAACAAAAUGACAAAAGAAGACAAGGAUUUAUCACGUUUGCUGAUUCAACCACCAGUUCACUGCCUUUUAUUAGUUCUUCGACAGGCGGAAUUCACCGGGCCCUCUCAUGACGAAAGUGUCUGCUUGUGUCGCCCCUCAUGGUACACAGAGACUGGCGUGUGGCAAAGGUAAUGGAUUGGAUGUGAAGCAAAUCAGGAAUACUGACUUAUUUUCCCAAUUCAUGGAGAAGCAUCCUUGAAACAGCGUGGCAACCCUAUAACAUUUUAUUUUCUUUGUCAUCUUUUGGGAUCUUCUAAAAAUGUCACUGUUACGGAGCGGGGCAGACCAUCUCACUCGAAAUGACUGUUAUAUGGACACAUAAACCUUUCAAAUGAGCAUAUUAAUUUUUAGAAUUCUACAUUCCUAUGUUUUACCCCAAAAUUUCAAGUAUUUUGUCAUGUAUAGAAAAGUGAAAAACAGAGGAGGGGAGUUGGAAAAGAUCUGUCUUUUGUUUGUGCUUUUUUUUCUGGCUAAAACCACAUCAAGCUUCUUGACUAUUGCAGUGUUCACAUUUCAGAGUUUAUGAUGCAGGGGUGGGGAUUGUGUACAAAAAUGUGAGCUUUUUAUCUGCCAACUGUCUCUGUAAAUAUGUUUGGCCAAUUAUUUUGGUUCUCUUUAUUUUGCUAUCGUUUUAAGAUGUUAAUGGUUUUAUUGUAACUUUUAAUAAGGGUAAUAAAUGUUCGAUCCCCUC